GGCUCUCCGUGCUAAUAAAUAUAGGUGUAAUGAUUUAAAUGAUGCUGAUUCUAAUGUCAAAAAAGCCUUGAUCCCUGAUAUUAAAAUUGAAUUUCUGAGGAAGAACCUUGAAAUAGUAACAGUUGAACAAGCAAAAUCAGAAGAUGUGAAAAAGGAGAAAAAUGAUACAUCAAAAUUGUGCACUUGUUUACAUGACAUGAUUCGACAGGUUUAUAAUAUACUUCCUCAGUCUAUGAAAGGCUCUAUUCGAAAUAUCAAGGUGUUUGGUUUGAUAAUAUCUCGAGUUGAUGUGACUAUUUAUGAACUUGAAUUGCCUGAGCAACAAUUAUAUGUGUUCCAGGAAUUGUGUAGUUUUUCAUUACCAUUGACAUUUGCUGAUUUUCGAUCAAUGCUUGAAGUGACUAUGAAUUUCAUAAAAUUCAGGAAAUUGGUGGAUGAUAACUUGGAAAAAAUGGAAGCCGUGUUGGUCAUUGACUUGAAUAAAGCUAAAUCUUCACCAUUAUCCUCACAUGUUGAUGAUGAGAAUACUAAUGUUUACAGAGAUACAACACCACCACCACAAUCAGGGAAAAAAUGGCUUGUGAAUAUUGAGAUAUCGCCUAGCUCAAAGAGUCUUAAAAGGUCACAUGAGGAUUGA